AAACGGGUACACUUUAAACGAACGACAUGGUCACAUUACGGCGCACAUGUUUUUGUUGACAAAAUCGACAUGUCUCGCAAAAAAUGGACUUCCCUGGACAAACCCCCGCUCUCGGAUGCAGUGCUUCAGGUGGUGCAGAGCUUUGGCUUUCAGCAGAUGACGCCCGUUCAGACGGCAGCUAUUCCGCUGCUCCUGGCCCGGAAAGAUGUAUCCGCAGAGGCGGUGACGGGAAGUGGGAAAACGCUGGCGUUCCUCGUGCCUUUGCUGGAAAUCCUUCAAAGACGACACAAGGAGACACCCUGGGGCCCUAAGGAGAUCGGAGCACUCAUUAUUUCGCCCACCAGGGAACUGGCCCGACAGAUAUCCGAAGUGCUGGCUCAAUUUCUGGAACACGAAGACCUGGAACACCUGAAUCAACAGUUGAUUGUGGGUGGCAAUAGCAUAGAGGAAGAUAUAGACACACUGCGAAAGGAGACGCCCUGCAUACUGGUGUGCACGCCCGGACGGUUGGAGGAUCUCUUCCAGCGCAAAGGAGAUGAUCUAAAUCUGGCUGCCCGGGUUAAAAGCCUGGAGUUUUUGGUCCUAGACGAAGCCGAUCGCCUACUGGAUUUGGGAUUCAAGACCAGUGUAAAUAACAUACUUGGCUACCUCCCCAGGCAGCGACGAACUGGACUCUUCUCCGCCACCCAGACCACCGAGGUUACGGACCUAAUCCGUGCUGGAUUGCGAAAUCCUGUACUAGUGUCGGUCAAAGAGAAGGCGUCUGUUAACACGCCCGCCCGCCUGCAGAACUUCUACAGGAUUGUCGAGCCAGAACAAAAGUUCCUUGCCCUGCUGGAGUUUCUCAGUUCGCCUGCCACACGGACUGGAAAGGUAAUGGUCUUCUUUCCCACCUGUGCCUGCGUAGAGUACUGGGCGGAAGCCCUGCCGCCGCUUCUGUCCAAACGCACAGUGCUGGGAAUUCACGGAAAGAUGAAGAACAAGCGAGCCAACGUCGUGGAAAAGUUCCGCAACGAACCGCAGGCAGUACUCCUCUGCACGGAUGUCCUGGCCCGUGGCUUGGACGUGCCCGAGAUCGAGUGGGUGGUGCAAUGGGAUCCGCCCUCAACUGCCUCCAGCUUUGUGCAUCGCGUUGGACGUACUGCUCGACAAGGUAACGAAGGCAACGCUUUGGUGUUUCUCCUGCCCACCGAGGAUGCCUAUAUUCACUUUCUGAAGAUCAACCAAAAAGUGGAGCUGAAUGAACUGCCCUCGGAAGCGGAGUAUGUUUCUGAAAAAAAAGAACUGACAGCUGUUUUGCAUCAACUGCAUCGGCUGCAGGCGGCGGACAAGGGAGUAUAUGAUAAAGGAAUGCGAGCUUUUGUUUCCCAUGUGAGGGCGUACACGAAACACGAAUGCAGUGCUAUACUCAGGCUAAAAGAUCUGGAUCUGGGUAAGAUGGCCACUGCCUACGGUCUGCUGCAACUUCCUCGCAUGCCGGAACUGAAGAACUACAAGGAAGGCGGCUACGUGGCUCCCACUUUUGAUGUGGAUAUCACGAAGCUUACCUACAAGAACGCCCAAAAGGAGCAAGUGCGACAGAAAAAAAUGCAAACAUACGAGGAAACAGGCAGUUGGCCGGGUCAAAAACAGCACAAGAAGCGCGUCGAGUCCUGGGAUCAGACUAAGAAGGCCAAAUUGGAUACUAAGUCCAAGAAGGAACUGCGGAAGGCAAAGAAGCAGCGAAAGAAAGCGGCGGAGGCAGAGGCCGGUGCGUCGGGAUCUGGAAAGGGAAAGAAGAGGCAGCAGUUCAGCCAGGAGGAUCUCGAUGAACUGGCCAGCGAUAUUCGGCUCUUUAAGCGACUAAAAAAAAACAAAAUCAGCGAGGAGGAAUUCGACAAGGCCAUGGGAAUCGAGGGCGAUAAUGAAUGACCUGAAUUUUUAUGUACAAUUAAAAAUUUGUUAAGAAAAUAA